GCCCAGGACGCGCCGCCAGUCAGACAGCGGAGGGUAGGCCCUUGUUGGAAGGUUACAGGCGGUUGUUCAGGCUUGAGGUCGUCGGUGUUACUGGCCUGCUACAUCGGCUCAGAGUGUGACCCGGAUCCUCCUGUGACCGGCCGCCCAUGCAAAAGAUGUUGUCUAUACUGUCCCGUGUGCUCCAGGGCUCGGCCCAGAAACCUGUCACCGUCUUUGGCUUCCUGCUGGUAAAGGGGGCUGCUAGUGAGGCUGUCCGUGUUAUGGUGGCAUCCCGUAACUAUGCCGACUUUGCUUCAGAAGCAACGUUUGACAUCAAGAAGUGUGAUGUUCACAAACUGGAAGAGGCCCCACCAACCACGGCCGUUCUUACUCGUGAGCAGGGGCUGCAGUAUUACAGGACAAUGCAGACCAUCCGGCGCAUGGAACUGAAGUCUGAUCAGCUAUACAAGCAAAAGAUUAUUCGUGGAUUCUGUCAUCUGUAUGACGGUCAGGAAGCGUGCUGUGUUGGUCUAGAGGCUUCCAUCAACCUCACAGAUCACUUAAUUACAGCUUACCGAGCUCACGGAUAUACCUAUACUCGUGGGGUGUCUGUGAAGGAAAUCCUCUCAGAGCUCACAGGAAGGAGAAGCGGUUGUGCCAAGGGAAAAGGCGGUUCUAUGCACAUGUAUGCCACAAAUUUCUAUGGUGGAAAUGGUAUUGUGGGAGCUCAGGUCCCACUUGGAGCAGGCAUUGCAUUGGCCUGUAAGUAUUUUGGAAAGGAUGAGAUCUGUCUUUCCUUAUAUGGGGAUGGUGCUGCUAAUCAGGGACAGAUUUUUGAGACAUACAACAUGGCAGCACUUUGGAAACUACCCUGUAUCUUCAUAUGUGAGAACAACCGAUACGGUAUGGGGACCUCUGUGGAGAGGGCGGCAGCUAGUACAGACUACUAUAAACGUGGCGACUACAUCCCAGGCCUGAGGGUUGAUGGUAUGGAUGUUCUGUGUGUUAGAGAGGCUACCAAGUUUGCCGCUGACCACUGCCGAUCUGGAAAGGGUCCUAUUUUGAUGGAACUUCAAACCUACCGUUACCAUGGACACAGCAUGAGUGACCCUGGGGUCAGUUACCGAACUAGAGAAGAAAUUCAGGAGGUGAGGAGUAAAAGUGAUCCGAUCACUCUUCUGAAGGACAGGAUGCUGAACAACAACUUGUCCAAUGUGGAGGAACUGAAGGAAAUUGAUGUUGAGGUGCGAAAGGAAAUUGAGGAAGCUGCUCAGUUUGCCACCACUGACCCAGAGCCACCCCUGGAGGAGCUAGCAUAUCACAUUUAUAGCGACGAGCCAUCCUUUGAAAUACGAGGUGCAAACCCAUGGAUCAAGUACAAGUCCGUCAGCUAGGCCUCGCAGUUAGUCAUACAGUGCCACGCCUUCAUUAGUCUGUUACUCUAUGGCCCUUUUAAUGGGAACUGUUCAUAUUUCAUUUAUCACUUUCUAGUUCUAAUGGGACUAAGAACCAGAUGUCUGUUUCAGACAUUUUUAAUUUUCACCUUUGGGACUUUGUGUGGUUGGAAAGAUUUCACUGUGUCACAAGUGACAUAGACCUAACACAUGGUUACAACAGCCGUGUGGUUACACCGCAGUACUGUCCUGAUCGGUUUAUUUAUAGGAGGCUCCUGUUCUCAAACAUGUGCAGAAAGCCAUUCAUGUGUCUUACCGUAUGCGUUUUGCAGUCAUUAAAAUUUGGCCUUGAUGAUAUA